CCAAAAAUUUCAGAAGCCUCUGCGCUUACAGAAGCAGCCACCUCCAGCCUGCCAUUUGGAUGGGAUGAUCCCCUUGAUGAGAAGGAACUAGGGCGGGUCAUAAUGAAGGUCUUCAACAAGGGUGGCAAGCGAACACAUGGGACCAGGUGCAAGAAACCAAAGUCCAUACCUGUCGUGACUGCAAACUUCCAAUGCUGCGAUACGAAAGCUAUGACCUCAAGGCUUACAUCACUGCCAUUCAUUCCCUCAAACCACCCCCAUGAUGCACUCACGGAAACAACCCUGGCACUUGCCCUGGAGGAGGCAAGAGCGGAGGCACCCAAGGCCAUCAGCAGCCUCAUCGCCCUGGGUGAGGAGUUCCUCCGCAAUGAUGAUGAGCUUAGCAUCAUUGAAAAAAGGCUUGAGACAAUCUUCCCACCAGUGGCACUGAGGACAACGCAAGUCUAUGCCCUCCCACUGUGGUUCACCCAAAAGUGUUUGUCCAUGGCGAACCUUGAAGAGGAGAUGGAUCAUGUAUGGGAAUACUUUGCCACCACCGUCACACAGCUGGUGACUCAGAUCCACUGUCUCGGAGCAACGGCCCCUGCAGCGGAACUUCAAUCAAGCAAGGCAGAGGUCAUUGACUCAAUCGAGAGAGCUGUUCAAAAAAUGAACCUCAAACAGAUCAACAUGUCCAUCAAAAUUGGGAGCAUUAAAAUCCAGAGACAGCCAACGAAGGUGGUGGCCAUCAACCCAGAUAAGCUCUUGGCAUUGACCGGCGACCGGCGAUUCCACAGAGAUGAGCUGAAGAGGACCGUAAGCACCAUGACCAGGCCCAUGAACUUCCUCAGCGAGAAAAGACUCACAACCAUUCUUCAAAAAAAGGGAUGGCAAAGAUUUGAUUGGCAUUGCAGAACAGAAGCAUGCUGUCAUCAUUCCUGCGACCGAUGCACCAAGCCUUGUGCAAGCACUGAAAGAGCGCAUGGAACUAUUGCGAGAGGACAUUGAGGGAGGGAACGCAGACGCGUCUACCCAGAAGAACGGCGACACGUCUACGCAGGGGAACGC